CCCAGCCACCACCUAACGAGGCUAACCUCCGCUGCCAUUCACCCACUUUCAAGCGACUCUUCCAUUUUUUUAUUUCUUUACUUUUGUUGUUAUUAUUGUUAUUAUUAUUAUUAUUUACUUUUCUUAAGUUUCAACUCCAAGAGAGAUGGAACCACACGGCGUUGAAAGCCCCAGAUUUCCGGAGAUGGAGCCGCACGUGACGGAGGAGGAGCGUUCAACUUCUGCGCUGUGGGACUGGAGCGAUCUCCUCGACUUCACCACGGACGAUCGCUUUGAUCUUCCUAUAGUCUCCGACCAAAUUGAGUUAAAUCCUGAAACGGAGCCUCAACCGGAGCCGCCGGUUGUGUCUUUGAACAAGGUGAGGAAACGGGACCCGAGGUUGAUUUGUUCUAAUUUUUUAGCGGGUCGGAUCCCUUGUGCGUGUCCGGAGGUUGACGCGAUGCUUGCCGAGGAGGAAGCGACUCUGCCUGGGAAGAAGCGUGUGCGGACGGUGCGGACCGGGUCGGGCCAGGCAAGGUGUCAAGUGCCCGGUUGUGAGGUGGAUAUUAGUGAGCUUAAAGGUUAUCAUAAAAGGCAUAGGGUUUGUCUUCGGUGCGCAAAUGCGAGUGCCGUUUUGCUUGAUGGUGAAAGCAAGAGAUAUUGUCAACAGUGUGGCAAGUUUCAUGUAUUAUCAGAUUUUGAUGAAGGUAAAAGAAGUUGCAGGAGAAAAUUAGAGCGACACAACAAUAGACGACGAAGAAAAUCUGUUGACUCUAAAGGUGCUAUGGACAAUGAACCUCUAGGGGCCACGCAGAGUGAAGAUCUUGGUUGUGAGAGUGAAUUAGGAAAAGAUAGUUUAUGCUUGAGCAGCCAGAUAACUGAUCAAGAACCAUUUUUUGAGUCUGAAGAUGGCCAUGUUUCCACUCUUCACUCAGCACCUAAUUCCCAGAAUGUUAACAGUGAUAGUGGAGUGUCUUUUGCUGCUUCUGGUGAAAUCCAAACUGAUGGAGGAAAAGAUGACUCGAAAGGGCAUUCGCCUUCCUAUUGUGAGAAUAAGAGUGCUAAUUCGUCCUUGUGUCCAACAGGUCGAAUCUCAUUCAAGCUAUAUGAUUGGAAUCCAGCGGAAUUUCCUAGAAGACUACGGCACCAAAUAUUCCAAUGGUUGGCCAGCAUGCCAGUUGAGUUGGAGGGGUAUAUUCGCCCUGGAUGUACAAUCUUGACUGUAUUUAUUGCCAUGCCCAAGAUUAUGUGGUUGAAGUUAUAUGAAGAUCCUAUAACAUAUCUGCAUGACUUUGUUGUUACACCUGGAAGGAUGUUAUCUGGAAGAGGCUCUAUAUUUGUUCAUCUGAACAACAUGAUUUUCCAUGUUAAAGAUGGAACUUCUGUGGUGAAAGUCAAUGUAGAGGUGAAGGCCCCAAGGCUUCACUAUGUCCAUCCUACAUGUUUUGAGGCUGGCAAGCCCAUGGAGUUUGUUGCUUGUGGAAGUAAUUUGCUUCAACACAAACUUCGGUUUUUAAUAUCUUUUGCUGGAAAGUAUCUGCCUUAUGAUUGUUGUGUUGCAUCUUCGCAUGGUCAAAGUGAAGGGAAUCCUCUUGCUUUUGACCACCAGUUGUACAAGAUAUAUGUACCGCACACUGAACCAGAUCAUUUUGGUCCUGCAUUUAUUGAGGUAUGUAUUGUAAAAAGUCCUACCACCCAAAGAAUUCAAAAAGCAACUUUAGCUGUUUUUGGAGGGUAGUUAUCCUUAACAAUGUGGUUUUAUAGCAGGCUGAUUUUGUAAUAACUGUAAAGUCAUGCAACUUCUGAUUGUCAGACUUAAACAUGUAUCAUUCUGAGACAUAACAAUUAUAUCCAGUGGCAGAGCCAGGAAAUUUAUUCUGGACGGGCCCUGAUUAUAUCUGAGGUCAUGUAUGAUUUGCAUAGCCUUAGGUCUAGUUUAUACUGUCUGUACAUGUUUGAUGUUCCAGGGUUGUUAUUUUUUAGGGAGACAAAUUUUCAGGCAUUAAAUUGAUCUAACGGUCUUGUUUGAUAGUUUCAGCAUGCUCUUAUUGCUUUAGCAGUGUGAUAAGGAUAGCCUCUAUUUAGCAAAUUCAUGUACUUUUUUGUCUCAUGUUAGUAUCUGUUUGACUGUUCCAUAUACUUUUUUUGAUAAGAAAUUAUGAAAGUUUUAUUAAUAAAAGGAGCUAUAAAAAAAGUGAACAAGCAUUCAACUAAAGAAGGACAAGCUUGAAAAAACAAGAGAAAAUUAUUUGUAAUGUAUACCAAACAGCCCAGAAAAGAAAAUCGUCAAAAAACUUUAAGAGAACCAGCCAA